ACAGAAGUUGUAGGCAGGUAAAGCGUCAUCAGCAUUACAGAUUGUCCUUAAAAGUAAACCGUGAAUAACCGUCUGUGACUGCUUUUCUGAACCGCAUCGUGGAAUGUUUGGCGUAUCAUAAUGAACUACGGGUUUCCGUCCAUUUCAGUUUAACGGAAUUAAAUUCGAUUUCUACGGUACCAUGAAGAAGGAUUAAGCUUCCGUUGUGGCGAUCUCGGUACGCGCGUGGGCGGGUGUCAUGGAGAGUGACUGCAGGAUUCCAAUGUCGUGCCUGAGACCCAGAAUCCUCGCACUGCACGCACUCUUCUGGGGUCUGGUGUCACUAAAGGUGUUUGGGGCAGCUCUCUUAAGCGAAGAGAAAACCACAGUGGUAAAGGCUCUUCCCACACCAUGCUGGCAGACGGAGGAGUUUGUGGUGGCCCUACCGUGCUCUGUGUGUAAUGACUUUCAAACGAGGAGGGAGCCAGCCUGCAGACAAACAGGGUAUGUGGAGAAAAUCAACUGCACUACAUCUAACAAGGAUGAGUACAAAAGCUGUCGCUCUGCCAUGAUGGAGGAACACCUCUUUUGGAAAUUUGAGGGGGCCAUGUUGGCGCUCACCGUUCUCUUCGCUUUAUUGGUGGUCGCCAGGCAACGCUCACUGGACCGCCUAGCCUCGGAAAAGGUCCGAAGACAGAUAGAAUCCAUCUAGUACUGUCAACUCCCUACAGUCAGAUUUCUAUGGGCGACCCACCUCCGCGGCUUCACUGAUCAGACAGCCUCAGCAUAAUUGUAUUACAAUAGUCAUCAGAUCACAGUAGCAUUGAGCCUUCUACAAGGAGGGGGUAAAGUCCCACAUCACCCUCAUGAACUGAUGGAGAACUGAACUGCUUUGAAUUGGUUUGCAGGGGGGUUAUACAGACGAACAAAGUAUUUGCUAAAGACGUUGAUAUGGACACGCACGUGGUAUUGACACAUUGAGGGGAAAGGGGGGGGGGGCUUUCUCAAGGAUUUGACUCGUCCACAGAUCUACUACACACCCUGAAGCUCAAAAACAAAACCAAAAAAACAAAAAAGUCAAGGACAGAUUCCGCAUCCAGAGCAGACCAGCAUCACGCCAGCCUUGGACGCCUUUUCUGUUUGCAUCAGACGCGACGCGCUGAGUUUGACUGACCCAGAAUCAUGCAGAAAACAAACUCUCUUUCGACCCCGGCUGACGAGUUUUCCAUUGUGUUUCACACAGAGUAAUACGGAGGUGUUUUUUUCUACCCUGCGUGCUUGUAGCAUGAGGAAAAUGCGGAGUGUUUCCAGUGGAAGUUUCGGUACACAUUUCGCAUGGAGUAGGUUUUUAAGACGUCCUAGACAUUACCCUCAGUUCAGAUAGUAAUGCGUCAAUUCUCUGACAUACCGGUAUUGACAUCAUCUGCAAAAAAGCAUACCUGAGAUUAGUUUGUGAUGUGAUGCAGACAGAGGACCUGGGCUUGUUUUAUUUCCUGCUGGGUUACACUAUGUCUGUUUGUCACUUAAAAUAUUCUGAAGUUUAGUGAGCCUUCAACUGUGCAAGAGAAAAUCAGGAGUCUUAUGGGGGUGUCUUCAUAUUGUUUUUCUUCUGUUUGUCUUUGUUUUUGUUUUUUUUUUGUCUCCUGUGACAAUCUAAGAUGCUGGUUCUCUAUCUGUUCCUCAGGGCCACGCCCCUGCCCUGCAUAUCUUUGGUUUUUGCCCGUCAUGAUAAUUGGUGACUGCAUGAUGAUUGGUUGAUCAGGUGGAACCGGAUUGUGCAGGGAAACAGAUUGAGAACUGCUUAUCUAAGAGAUGUCAGUGAACGUUGUUAAACAAUGUGGAAAUUAUAUCUUUUUUUUUUUUUUCCUUCACAGACGUAUCAAGAUAUAGUUUUAAUUUGCGGCAGCACCAUGAGAGACAAGUUUAUGUUAAAUUAUGACUUCUUUUUGUUUUGUUUUUUUUAAGAAAGAAUUUGAGUUGAUGGAAUGAUUUGUUUCAGUUUACCUGUGAUACAAACUGCAAACAGUGAAGUUUUCUGUGACUCCAUCUUGGAGAAUCCCUUACUGGAAACUUCUGUAGACAAGGUGUUUUUAAUGCUCUUAUAUUUACAGAUGUGCCCUUUUUUUGGAUUCUUUCAGUGCGCGGUUUGAUUCAGUGCUGCUUUGGCUUUCAAAAACACUUUUUAUUUCUUGUAUUUAUUAGAAUCAGUUUUAUCUCGAUUGAGUUCAAGCGUGAG